AUGUCUUGCAACGGUACCAAAUUCAACCCCGACAAAGACAUCCCUGACCUGAGUGGGCAGGUUAUCUUGGUCACUGGAGGUAAUGCAGGCCUCGGCUUCGAGACAAUCAAAGAACUUUCCAAACACCGUCCUGCACACAUCUAUCUCGCGGCACGAUCUGCGGAGAAGGCAGUCAAAGCGAUCCAGGAUAUGAGAGAAUCCGACGACGUGACGGCACCCAUCUCAUUCCUCCCACUUGAUCUAUCAUCAUUCGAUAGCGUCAAAAAGGCAGCCUCGAAAUUCAACCAAGAAGAGUCUCGCUUGGACAUCCUCAUCAACAAUGCCGGUAGCAUGAUGACUGCAGAAGGUUUGACACAGGAAGGGUAG